AUGGCGGCGGCGGGGAGCCGUACCUCGUCGUCGGGAAUAUCAGAUUUGAAUAGCGGCAUAAAUUCUGAAAGCGUCCCUAGCAGCAAUUCAAGUAAAUCUAGUCUUCCAAGCAAAGCGAAAACAGCGAAAACAGGCACCGCGGAAAACUCCCAGUGGAAACGCAAAGAGUUGAGGAAAGUGAGAAGCGUGGAUCUGGAUAAACCCGAGUCGCUGCUCCUGUCACCGGAGACUGAGAGAGCUCGCUUUUCGGCAGAGCUGCACUUCUUGUCCGUUUCAUCGCCUGGCGGAAUUCACUCUUCCCUGCAAAGCCACAGACAGAGCAAUUCACUCACUAAUCAUCCGUUUCACAGCAAUAUUAGUUGCCUGUCUACAGGCGCUCAGGAAUUUUUUAGUCCCUCUUUUAAAAGCAGCAACGACCACCAGUGUGCGGAUAAUGGUGCCACCGGAACUCUGGAGAUAGCGUCCUCACAAAAUGGUCGGGACAUGGACGGGAGAGACACCCUGCGGAGCCUGCAGAAGAUGGAGGACCGGCCGGAGGAGAGGAUGAUCCGGGAGAAGCUGAAGGCCACCUGCAUGCCGGCCUGGAAGCACGAGUGGCUGGAGAGGCGGAGCCGGAGGGGCCCUGUGGUGGUGAAGCCGGUCCCUCUGAGGCCGGACGGCACUGAGGCUGGAGCGGAGGCCCAGGGGCCCGGCUCCCCACGGUCCAGGGGCCGCCGCAGCCCCUCCCCCGGCCCGUCCUCUUCCUCCUCUUCCUCCGCCUCCGGCAAGACGGGCGGCAGGCCGGAGAUGCGUUUGAGACGAGCGUCGCCGGUCCCAUUUCAGAGUGGGCGAGUCACGCCCCCUCGACGAGCUCCGUCUCCAGAUGGCUUCUCCCCCUACAGUCCGGAGGAAACCAACCGAAGGGUCAACAAGGUCAUGAGGGCCCGCCUCUAUCUGCUCCAGCAGAUAGGACCCAACUCGUUCCUGGUUGGAGGAGACAGCCCUGACAACAAAUACCGGGUUUUUAUUGGGCCACAGACCUGCAGCUGCGGCCGGGGGACCUUCUGCAUCCACGUCCUCUUCGUCAUGCUCCGCGUCUUCCAGCUGGAGCCCCCCGACCCCCUGCUCUGGAGGAAAACCCUCAAGAACUUUGAGGUGGAGAGCCUGUUCCAGAAAUACCACAACCGACGCAGCUCCCGGAUCAAAGCCCCCUCUCGCAGCACCAUUCAGAAGUUUGUCUCCCGCUUGUCCAACCCGCAUACGUCCUGUACGUCCAGCACCUCUGCGUCCAGCAACGAGAGCAGCAGUCUGAAGGACGAGGAGGAGCAGAUGUGUCCCAUCUGCCUGCUGGACAUGCUGGAUGAGGAGAGCCUGACCGUGUGUGAGGAGGGCUGCAGGAACAAGCUGCACCACCACUGCAUGUCCAUCUGGGCUGAAGAAUGUCGAAGGAAUCAAGAAGCCUUAAUCUGCCCUCUUUGUCGAACUAAGUGGAAGUCGGAUGAUUUUUACAGCUAUGAGCCGACCAGCCCGGCGGAGGGCGCUGCCGGUCAUCGUGGUCAGCAGCCGGGUCAGCAGGACCAGACCGCGUCCCACACCGAGGCCCGCACGCCGCCACAGGAGGGCGACUUCAGCCUGCCCCGCUCCGGAGUUCAGCAGAUCCCCCUGGCCUACGCGGAGCUCACCGAGCCGUGGGUCACGGUUUUCGGGAUGGAGCUGGUGGGGUGUCUGUUCUCCAGGAACUGGAAUGUCCGGGAGAUGGCCCUACGGCGGCUGUCCCACGAUGUGAGCGGGGCGCUUCUGCUCGCCAGCGGUGAGGGCCUGGGCCCCGGGGCGGGGCCGGGGGCCUCUGAGGAAGGGUCAGGGGCCCUCGGAGAUCUGGUGGUGGAGUCCUGCUGCAGUGUCCUCGCUGUAGUCUGUGCAGACCCCGUCUACAAGGUCUACGUCGCUGCCCUGAAAACCCUACGAGCCAUGCUAGUGCACACCCCCUGCCACACGCUCUCCGAGCAGGAGCGGCUGCAGAAGCUCCUCUCCCCGGUGGUGGAAACCAUACUGGUCAAGUGUGCAGAUGCUAACAGCCGGACCAGCCAGCUGUCUGUGUCCACUCUGCUGGAGCUGAGCAAAGGACAAGCAGGGGAGCUCGCAGUGGGCAGAGAGAUUCCCAAUGCAGGGUCUACAGGGAUUGGUGGGGUAGACUAUGUCUUAAACUGUAUCCUGGGGUCCCAGACUGAAGCCAGCAACUGGCAAGCCCUGCUGGGACGCCUGUGUCUCACUGACCGCCUCCUGCUGGAGCUCCCUGCCGAAUUCUACCCUCACAUCGUCUCCAGCGGGACCAUCCACCAUUCCCAAACUCUGGUCGAGAGGUACCAAAAGCUGAUGCCUCUUCUGAGCUUUGCGCUGCAGUCCAUCGAUAACUCCCACUCCAUGGUGGGCAAGCUGUCGCGGCGGGUGUUCCUGAGCGCCGCGCGCAUGGUGGCCCGGGUCCCGCAGGUCUUCGUGCGGCUGCUGGACAUGCUGAGCGGCAGCGGCUCCUCGCACCACGCCCGCAUGCGCCGCCGCCUGCUGGCCAUCGCCGAGGAGAUGGACGUCCUGGAGGACUCGCACGGCCUCGCCGACCCCCCCGGGGAACACCCCUAUGCCGCGCGGCCGUGCGACUUCUCCCGCGACUUACCGCUGGGAGGCGGCCCGGAGGAUGCCGCGGAGAGACUCGCCGCGGGUAUCGCAGGGCUGGGGGUCUCCGCCGAUCACCCAAAGGACUUUGUUCAGGACGGCAGCAGGCCGGCGAGUCGGUGCCAGAGCCCCUCUUCCUCAGGACACUCCCCUUCCGGAAGUCAAUCCCCCUCCAGAAGCCAGUCCACUUCCCCAAGCCACUCCCCCUCCAGAAGCCACUCCCCCUCCCUCCCAUCUCCUUCUGCGCUCCACCCUCCGCCCUUCCCACCGCCCAAGAGCCCCAGGGCGCGACCUCGAGACCUCCCCACCGCCUCCGCCGACACUUCCCCCGGCACCCAGCGCAGGCCACAUAAGCCGUCCCCCGUUUUUUCCCCGGCCCACGCGCACCCCCUCCCCUCUGGCCACAUCCACAGACCGAAACCCUCCCGGCCCGCCUUCGGUCCGGGCCAGGACCCGCAGGACGCCUCGAAGCGCAAGGGGAUCCAAGCGGGAGCGGCCCUGAUCCCCAGCGAGGACACGGCCUUCACCCCCGUGGAGGAGGACGGGUCCGGAGGGCUGGAGGCCUGCGCUGAGCUGAGCUCCAGCAUGGAGGACCUGCUGGAGGCCUCCGUGGCGCCCGGUGACGGCACCGUCACCUUCAGGUCAGAGGUGGCCGUGCUCCACCCGGACCGAGCGGGCUCAGAGGGAGACGCCUACACCGACGACGUGGCCCAGAAUUGGAAGUGCAAGGAGACCAUGGAGGCGGAGGAGGAGGAGGCGCUGGCCAUCGUCAUGGCGAUGUCAGAGUCCCAGGACGCCUUGCCCGCCAUCCCUCAGUUGCAGGUGGAGAAAGGGGAGGACGUUAUCAUCAUCCAGGCGGAUACUCCGGAGACUCUGCCUGGCCCUACCAAAGCGAAGCAGCCCUACAGAGAGGGGGUGGAGUGGCUGAAGGGCCAGCAGAUUGGGCUCGGGGCCUUCUCCUCCUGCUACCAGGCCCAGGACGUGGGCACGGGCACACUCAUGGCCGUCAAACAGGUGACGUACGUGAGGAACACCUCCUCUGAGCAAGAGGAGGUGGUGGAGGCUCUGCGGGAAGAGAUCCGCAUGAUGGGCCACCUCAACCACCCCAACAUUAUCCGCAUGCUGGGCGCCACCUGCGAGAAGAACAACUACAACCUGUUUGUGGAGUGGAUGGCAGGUGGCUCUGUCUCACACCUGUUAAACAAGUACGGGGCCUUCAAGGAGGCGGUUGUGAUCAACUACACCGACCAGCUCCUGCGUGGCCUGGCUUAUCUCCAUGAGAACCAGAUCAUCCACAGAGACAUAAAAGGUGCCAACCUGCUGAUCGACAGCACGGGCCAGCGGCUGCGGGUGGCGGACUUUGGAGCCGCCGCCAGGCUGGCCUCGAAGGGCACGGGCGCCGGGGAGUUCCAGGGCCAGCUGCUGGGCACCAUCGCCUUCAUGGCCCCUGAGGUGCUGAGGGGGCAGCAGUACGGCCGCAGCUGUGACGUGUGGAGCGUGGGCUGCGCCAUCAUCGAGAUGUCCUGCGCCAAGCCGCCCUGGAACGCAGAGAAACACUCCAACCACCUGGCGCUCAUAUUCAAGAUCGCGAGCGCCACAACGGCUCCGACGAUCCCGACCCACCUCUCCCCGGGCCUGCGGGACGUCACCCUGCGCUGCCUGGAGCUCCAGCCCCAGGACCGGCCUGCAUCCCGAGAGCUCCUCAAACACCCCAUGUUCCGCCUCAACUGGUAGACAACGACAUCUCUCACGCCCGGAGAGUCGACAACAGGACACGACCGAGGCCUCUCGCACGGCUCCGCUGCUGCGCUGUGUUGCUCUAUCCGCAGGGGAACCGAUCGCAAUAAAGCUCUCAAAACAACCAAUCGCAUGCAAAGCCACGAAACAGGCAAUCACGCAUAAAGCUACGGUCAGCCCUUUUGUGCCUCCACGUGCAAUGGCCCCAAUCUGCUGUACCUUUGCACAAAAUACAAAACAAGUCACUAGGUUUAUUCGCUGUGCCUUGUUAAAUGUGCGAUAUGGAUCCUCAUUCCACCAGCUUUAAUGGCAAGUCCUACACUUAUUUUUUAACUAUAUACUAUUUAUGUAAUAUAUGUUUUUUCUGUAUGAAGAAAGUUAUUUGAUAAUCUUUUUUAGCACUUUUGCAGCCAUUUGCAUAUGGUGUUUUUUAUGUUUUUUUUAUUUUAUCUCAAAUGUCACAAAUAUUUUGGACCACAAACAUAUACAUAUGCAUUUCACACUAUAUCGCUGUCCGUUGUUGUAUACUUGUUUGUUUAGUGAAGAGUCGCUAAACGAUUCUUUACUUUUUUUUAAAUCAUUUAACUUUGUAAUGAUCAUGUCUCUAAAUGUAAUUAAAAGUAUGUAUAUGUAUAUGCAUACAUACAUACUCUCUCUUGAUUUGUGCAUUGUACUGUUGGGCCGGUUAGCUUGAAUAAUCAGAAAGAUUAAGCUAUAUUCCUUAUACGCAUUUCAGGGAAAAGUGACAUUUUAAAAACAUUGAAAGUAGAAACAAUGAUGAAUGUGAAACCUCUUGAUGCUGAUACUUCAAAGAUGUGAUGUGUAGCCUCUGGAUUUAAAAAGUAGACAACAUGUAUGAUAUACACACGUAUACAUACAUAUACUGUAAUGCAUGAGGAAUGCAUUUCUGUGUUAUUUGAAUCAUGUUAGUCAAAUUUAGCCUUUCUAAUUUGAGACCUUUACAACGUUAACAAAAAGGUUUCAGGUGAAAGAUUUGAAGUCAGGGCAAAAUGUUUUUUUUUUUCUUAAAUCUCACUGUUAUAAUUUGGGCCUGCCUUGUGAAUCUAAAGAGAAGGUGUAUUGUCAUUCCAUCUUACAGUCUUAAAAUGGCGCUUUGCCAUAUGUUUUGUCAUUGAAUCACAUAUUUCUUUGGUGCUGUUCCUUCAAAUUCAAUCUUGCAAAAAUAAUUUACAGCUUUUAUUUACUAUAUAUUGGAUUAUUUUGAGAAAAUAUGCUGUUUUUUUUUCCCAGAAUUUCCACAAGGUUUUUUUCAGUACAUUUCAAUGUUCUGAACGUGUGUUCGUGUGUUUGUGCGUGCGUGCGUGCAUGUGUUAUUUUCUGGUCUCAGUGUUGAAAACAACAGAUUAACUCGGAAGCAGGCUGUAAAUUUGUGUUUGUUUUAGUAGAUAUUCAUUGACCAGUUUCAUUGUUCUUAACCCUAUUAUUCUGUUCUGUAAUCUGUGAAGGAAGCAAAAUAAGAUGGCACUUGAGCUCUCCUUAAACUUUCAUAUUCAAAAUGGCAAAAGGGUUUGCACAGUGUAUUUUGUUUGUUUCAUUGAUACCCCAAAACAAAUAAUUCAUCAAGGGGUGUCAAAUCAGUGUUUUUUGGCAAAAGAAAAAAACAAAACAUAAUAAACUGAAACUUCUGUAGUCUAUAAAUAUAUUUUUGUAUAAGACAGUUUAAGGUUGAACAGUUCAAGUACUGUUUAGAAGCUACAGUGUAGGCUAAGUGGUAUUUUUUUAAUCAUGUUUCUUUUGUGCCACUUCAUAAGUCCUCUUACCGUUAUUAUCCUUUUUAUUUUUCUUACUUUUUUGUAAGAGCUUUAAAUGUAUGCACUCUUGCCAUUUAUCUACUGGAAAAACUCAUUUUCUGUCAGAUACAUAAAAGGUAUUCAGUGUUACUUAAGUGUAGCAUACCUGUCAUUCCCAUGUAUCUCAAUGGCUUUUUUUUCUGGUCUUGCUUUUCUGGUAUUUUGUCUUAUUUUGAAAGCGGAAGUUUUGUGUUCUUAUUUUUUGGAUUGUAGCUGGACUGCUAUGUGGACUUUUUGCGCCAUUUCCCGUUUCUCUUGGUACUUUUUAUUUGUAAAUAACGUCUUUUGCUGUUAUAUUCCAUUCUGUACUACCUCAGGUAUCCUAUAGGUUUUCUUCUACCAAAGUUCACUUUCUCUAUAUAUGCUAUUUUGCUGUAUUUCUUUGAAAAUUUCCAGGGCUUAAGGGCUAACUUAUAUUAGCACCUUAUUGUGCAAGCAACUUUAAAUCUCUGGGUAAAGAAGAAAUUGGCUUAAAUUCUAUCUUUUAUAAUUUGAAAUAUAUAAAGGUAUUUUAAUUAAAGUUUUAGCCAAUUGAUGUAUUUUAUAGCAUAAUGUUGACAUAUUUUGGUGUUCGUCUUCAUAGUAAAUAAAAGAUUUUUGGGGAA